GCUGUGAAUCAGUUGGCAUUAUUACACCGAGCAUCAGUCGCACCUGCUAGACGAAUAUAAUAAGCCAAUCUCCCAGAAAAAAUGAAGCUUUCACGCUGCUUGUCACUGAUACUGAUUAUUGCGUCUUCAGCCGCCCAUCAGAUUCACCCCGCUGGCCGGCAACAAUUUCUACCAGGCCAGCAGACCAAUACCGUCACUACUGUUGUCACUUCAACGGCUACCACGGCCUCAACGACUCUCCUGUUGACAAGGUCCGUCUGCGCUUCGCUUGUCGCACCUGUGGCCACGACACCCUGUCGUCGCAAGAGACAAUACUGGAACGCUCCGCUCUUCUUUGCACUAGGCCAGGACGAUGUCCAGCAGUUCCAGCACUCGCUAAACCCCACUCAAGUGCUAAGGGUUGAGCCUUCCGUUUUGCCCGAGUUCCGUUACCGACCAUCAUCGUUCGACCGCCCGUUUAAUUCGUACCAUCAACCGUUGAGCAAUUCUCAUCCGUUCGAUAUUCACUCGUCGUUCGAUAGGGUCCAGCAACCAGUCGCAAACUUCCGUGUUGCCGAUCCAUUUUUCGGUGUUAAAAAGUUUGCCGCCAUUUCUUUGCUUUACGCCAAUGUCUUGAAAAAUAUUCUGACUCCGGUCGUCACCGUCACCAGUACAACGACCCUGUUUCCUUCCACAUCGACCAUGACUUUCUUUACAGAAACGGUUACAUUAACUCUAAAUCAAGCCGCUUGCCUUCCGGCCGGAUUGAAUCAAUGUCCCGCUGCUCCCACUACAUCUACUACUACCAGUACCACUACUACCACUGCCACUACUACCACCACCGCUACAACCCCUACUCCCUCUACCACCACUGCUCCCGCUACCACCACUGCUCCCGCUACCACCCCAGCUGGACGAUGAAGAAAUUCAGAUAUGAUACUUAAACAAGGCGAAACAAUUCAUUUCUACUAUUUACUUAAUUUAACUUCAAUAUUUGCAUGCUUUUGAAAUUAUCUUUGAAAAGGAUUAAAUUAUUCGGUAAAUUAGCUCAGAAAUCCAAUACACUUGCUUACCUUCCGUAA